AUGAUUAAGUUAUUUAAAAAUAAAUUUACAACUCUUAUUUAAUUAUUGUCUGAUAUAUUAUCUUUAGGAAUUAGUAUACUAAGAAUAAUGAUUUGCAAUGAAUUAUUUUCUUUUGAAGUGUAAGAGUAGCUUAAAAAGGGAUGCAUCGACUAAUUAACUUUAUAAGAGCUUGUUAAAAGGUGCUAAUAGAAAUAUAAUGGAUUUAUUAUUAAAAUUUUAAUAGCUAUGACAGAUGAAAAUGAAUACAUAAGGCCUACUGGAACUUAGUUAUUUAAAUUUUUAUCAAAUUAUUCUUAGCAGAUAAAAUAAGGUCUGUUUAAUGGUUCUUAAAUAUAAGAUUUCACUUUGUUUGAAGAUGUAAGCAAUUUUUACGAUUUUAAAAAAUCUCCUAGCCUUUAUGCAUCACAAAAGUACUCUUCUAUCAUAAGAAAAAAUUCAAUUUCAUAAGACGAAUAAGGUUAAGAAGAUGAAAACAUCAAAAUGCAAAAAAUUUUGGAUAGUGUCAAGAAAAUAAUUAGUAAAAAGGCAGUUACUGAUAAUAUUUAUAAUUCUGAUAAAGCAUAAGAUGUUAGUAAAUUUUAAAGCGAAUCAAAGAGUAAGACAUAGAAUUAAACAUACGAAAGUUUUACUGAGAUUACAGAUAAGUAAAGUGUAUCUGAAUUUUAGCAAAUUUAAACAGACAAUUAGAUAUAAUCUAACAUAUCAUUGGUUCCAACUUUUACAAAUGUGAAUAAAUAAAUAGAAAUUUAAAAAAGCAACCAAAAUUCAGUUAAGAGUCAAGUAGAUAUAUCUUUGCCCAAUUAAAAAAAAUAAUAUAAAAAGUAAUUAUUAAAUGAAAAACCAGUUAUUGUUAAUCAAGUUUUAGAAUAAGAGAAUCAUUUCCAAAAUAAUUAUUUGAAUGUAUAAAAUGGUAGUUUUUUGUCUCAUUUAAAUUUACAUAGUUAGAAUCAAACAAAUAAUUAUUUUAACACUCCAUCGAAGCAAAUUGACGAAUCUUAAAUAUUGAUCAGUUAAAAUCAAUAAAAUAAAAAUAAGAGUUUUUAACUAUUAGUAGAUAGAAAUGUUUAAACUGAAGAUUAAUAUUAAGCUACAUAAAAUCUAUCCCAAUUACAUCAAAAAUAAUUAGAAACUAUCAAGUUAGCUUACUAGGAGCUCUAAAAGUUAACAAAGGAUAUUAACUCAUUGAAUGAGUAACGGAAUAAUCUCUUAGAUUAAAAUAAAAGGUUGAUGGAUAUUAAUGACAAGCUAAUUAUACAAAAUAAAGAGUUAGCCAUGGCAUCACUUUCUAAUAACCAAAAGCUUAAAGAGGGUUCAAAAUAUGUUUAAGAAAACUAGAAAUUUAAAAUUGUUUUAAAAGAAAGACAAAAUCACUUUUAACAAAUUGACCUUCGUUAAAUAAAAUAAACCAGUUUUUCUCAGCCUCCAUUACUUUCUUAAUAAUAAUGCUAAUAAAAAUUAUAAUCACCAAGCCAAAGCAUGUAAUAAUCAAUUUAAAUUUCUAAGACACCAUUAUUAGCAAUUCCUAGAAGGGAAUUUGAUCUCUCUUAAAGUAGAAGCAAUUCAAAUUUGCAAACACCUUCAAACAGAGAAACAAGAGUUAAAUCUUUAGACAAUUAUUCAUAUCCAGACUAAAAUAUAAGACUUUCUUAAAAUUAUAAUAAGAUCAACUAAUUUAAUUAAGAUUUUAUAGUUCAAGAUGAAUAGAUAAACAAUUGUCACUAGAAUAUAUUUGAAUCAUAGGUGUCAAGUCCUUAAUAAAAUAAAAAAACUCAGAUAAAAUCCCCUAAAACUUUUAAAAUUACUGAAAUAUCAAGUAAAAGUAUCAUUUUAAAUGAAGCAAAAACUAAUUAACAAAAUGGAGUUCAUCAUAGCUCAAAUCUAUGUUAAUAUAAUUAAGGUGACUAACUACAAGAAGUAUCAAAAAAUUAAUAACUAUCAAUACAUGAAAAUAAAUAACAAAAAAUAGAUUCUUCAUUAGUUGAAUCAUAAAAUAUUUAAAGAUCAUCAUUAAAGUCUGCAUUUUAAGAUAUUACAAAUUAAAAUUUAAUAAGAUCUGAACUUAAAGAAGGUAAAUGCAUUAAUAUAUAUCAAAUAAGAAGUCCUUCAAUUAAUUCUCAUGAUUGUUCACCUCAGCUUUCUUAUUCCCCGUAAAGCAAAAAUAUUUCUCACUUUUAAAUUUAGCAACCAAAUUUUAACUAAAAUUUAAGUGAAGAUUAAUUAAAGUUAAAUAGCUAAAUAAAAUAUUCAUAAAUAUCUUAAAACUAGUAUAUGGAUUCAGGCUAACUAUAAUUCAGUAAUUCUAUAAAUUAAAAAUAAAGCGAUGUUUUCAUUCCUUAAAAUAAAUAACCAUAUAACCAAAUUGUGAAAAAAAAAUCUCAUGCAGAUUUAAGUAAUACUAAUUAAAGCCAUAUCCUUAAUAGGUAAUCAAGAGUUUCCACAGGAGUUUCAAAUAUAAUUAAUCUAAAUACUAACAAAAAUUUAGAUAUAUUUGAUAGGCAAAUAAAUUUUAAUGUUCUACCUCUAAAUUAGAUAUCUAAAAAUUUAAAUAUUUUGACAGAAAGUAGCUAAUAAUAAUACUCAAAAGCAAAUUAUGGAUAAUAAGAUGAAAAAAUUCAAUUAAAAAAGAGUGCAUCAUUACCUAAACCUUCCCCUACUCUCAAUAGUUCAAGCUAUACUGAUUUUAAAAUGAGUAAUAUAAAUCUUAAAGCUAGAGAAGAAUAAUAAAAUUAGCAUCUAAAAAACAGUAAAUGCUUAAAUUAGAGUUAGUUGUUUAAUAAUUUAACAUAAUGUCAGUAAGGACUUAACUAGUAUAAAGAACAACCAAUAUAAUAGUAUUAGUAAUAAUAAUAAUAGUAUUCUUUGAUCCAUAAGAGAUAAAUUUCGUUAACUGAGCUCUAAAAAUAAGGUUAAAGCAUUAGUGCAGCAUAACCGAGUAAGUAAACAAUUGAUAGUAAAAAUGAAUGUCAGCAUUUGAAAUUAAAAACUAUUUCAAAUUUUAAUAUUAAACUUCAAAGCUAGGAAAUUGAUUCAAAAAUUGGAUAAAAGUGGUAAAUUUAGUCUUAUAAUUUAGCUAGCUCUCCGAUAUAAUCUUGCUAAAAAUAAAAUUCAAUAAAAAAUAGCUUUUUCUAAAAUAGUUAAUAAUAAAAUUUUUAGAAAUCUGAUAAAUAAAAUCUAUAAUUACAAAAUAACUCUGUACUAUUACUUUAAAAAGGUUAAAAGCCUCAUAAUUCUAUGAUACAUUCAUAAAGUAUUGAUAAACUAAUUAAUUUUACCGAUAAUAAAGCUACUGUAAUUAGGAGUCCCAGAAGCAGAGCAGCUCAACCUCCUUUUUUGAGUAUGGGUGUCAUGAAAAAAACUGAUAGUAAAAUGAGUGAGGUUCCUUUAAAGACAUUUCAAAAUAGUUCAAAAAGCUAACUGCUUCCAAAAUGA